ACAAGAUCAUAAGAGGGCAGCUCGUUCAAUCCAGCAUACAGUCACACGCUCUGCCUCCUACAUUCAGUAUCCAGUCGACCUUCACUUGCUCAACUUUUACGGGGUUGUUGGCUUGCAAUGGAUCUCGAAACGGUCGAGGUUCACUCCCGCGACCUCCUGAUCAAGUGGGUACAAGUCCCCGCUGGACAUACCCUAUCAUACCAAAUCAAACCGACGAAGAAGUCGAUCAAUUACGCUCUAUACCGGAAGCCCACAACUCCCUCUUCUUCCUCGGAUCCUGCAAGCCGGGCUCGUGGUGGCGGCUUGGGUACGGGGUCACCCGCCAUUCCGGGCCCACAGACAGGACAAACGUGUCAGCAACGCCUGAGUGCAGCGGGACUGGUCGAGGUCGUAUGGGGUGGCCGUGUUUCUGGAGGGCAGGUCGCGAGGGGUACAUGGGACGUCAAGAACGGCGAAGCCGGGAUGUACGCCCUCGUCUUCGACAACACCUUCUCCAAACAACUCUCAAAAACCGUGACAUUCAUCAUUACCCACGCGCCCACGCCCUCUCCCACCACUCUCUUCUCCGCCUCCUCUCUUAACACUUCUGCUCCAACGCUGACUCCCGACCCAUCCUGGUCCGGUGGGACGACACAUAGCGGUCCCCUCCUCAAACGCCGCCGCAAAGCCCUCCAGGGUUACGCCCGCCGCUACUUCACCCUCGACAUACCCACCGCUACCCUAUCCUACACCCACUCCCCCUCCACUCCUGCCCACAAACGAGGCAUCAUCCCACUCCCACUCGCGACCAUCACUUUCGUGGUGGAGAGGAGAGAGAUUGUGGUUGACGCCGGGGCGGAGAUGUGGCAUUUGAGGUGUGGUGGCACUUUUGAGUUUGAGAGCUGGAGGGAGGCGAUGGAGGUUGCAGUCGAAGGGUUCGAGGUUAGGGAGCGGAUGGGGAUUGCGCAUUCGGGGGCUGGGACCGGAGCGGGGAGUCUGAAGGUCAGAGCGAAUGAGCAGCAGCAACAGAGGGAGAGGGACGAUGAGAGCUGGAUGAAGGUGGAAGAAUUGGUGAACAGGUUGGAGGGUGUUAAGGAGGGAAUCAAAGACGUGAGAAGUGAUAUCAACAGUGCCACCGCAUCCCCGAACUUGAGUGCAGAAAACCUCAGUCCCAUACCAAGUCCCUCGAAGGCACCAGCGAAGGGACUUUUCAAGCGCACACCGAGUGGCAGGACGGGUACGCCAACGAUUUACCCGCCGCCGAGUCCUGAUCGUGUCCUUGCGCCACUGGUCUCAUGUUCGACGUCGUCGGGAACGAAGUUGAGGGGUUUGGAAAGGGAGGUUGAAGAUAUCAUUGCACAGUUGCGGACUGUCACAGCCUCUCGUGCUCGGAUACCGCGGACGCCGCUCAGCACUUCGCCGUUGAGUCCCAAGUUUGAGCACGGGUUUUCGCGUUCGCCUGGUAGUUCUCGUCCCUCGAUCGAUGGCUCUCGAAGUGUCAUGACAACCACCAACGAAGAAUGGUUCGACGCCGAAGACCAACACUUAGCCACCUCCGCCAGCGACGCCGUCGGUCACGGUUCUUCCAUCAUCGUGCUGGAGAAUGAGAGGGAUUCAGCGACGGCGUUGAUGGAUGUACAGGAAGAAACGGAGAGCGAGGAAGAGGUCUUCAUGAGUGAUGGUGAGAGUUAUUCGACGGAGACGGAGGAGAGUAGUGCGGAGCCUGAGCCUGCACCCCCGAUUGGUGCGACGAGUGGGGCUACGCAGAUUUUUAGACGGGAGGAUAGUCGGGGGACGAUUGCUACCAUUCGUUCAACCAGUACCAAUACUGGGGAUCUUGAGGAGGGUGGAGAUGCGGGUAAGGGUAGGGUGUUGUAUCCGCUUGAACGCGUUGGCGAGGUUAGGAGACGGGCGAAUUUGCCGAAGGAGGUGACGGUACAGCCGCCGUCUCUCCUAGCCUUCCUCCGUAAGAAUGUUGGGAAGGACCUGUCUUCGAUCGCCAUGCCUGUCGCGUCGAACGAGCCUCUCAACCUACUACAACGUAUUGCGGAGGAGUUGGAGUACUCUAGGUUAUUGACGGUUGCGCAGACAAAGCCAAAGGAGGAUGGCGAGAGGAUAUUAUGGAUUGCUGCGUUUGCGUGUAGUGCGUUUAGCAACAUGAGGGCGAAGGAGAGGAGUGUGAGGAAGGUGUUCAACCCCUUGUUGGGUGAGACAUUCGAAUGCGUGCGUGAGGAUCGUGGAUGGAGGUUUAUCGCAGAGAAGGUCGAACACAGGCCACCUAUUGUGGCAAUGUGUGUUGAAUCCAAACAUGGAUGGAAGCUGGAUGCGUCACCAAGUCCUGAGCAGAAGUUUUGGGGAAAGAGUGCGGAGAUUAUCACGCAUGGGUCUACGCAUCUGGAAUUGGGGGGGGAUGUGUAUGUGUGGGAUAAGCCUGCGACUUUUUUGAGGAAUAUUGCGAUGGGGGAGAAGUAUGUUGAGCCUACUGGCACGAUGACGGUGACGAACCAGACCACUGGAGAAAAGGCAGUAGUUACGUUUAAGGCCGGAAAGAUGUUCUCUGGCCGGAGUGAGGAUGUGGCGGUCCAGGCUUUUGAUGCGGGUGAGAAAGUCCAGAAGUUGGGGUUGAGUGGGAAGUGGACGCAAUCACUGGCUUUUGUUGGCGGUGGAAGGGAUGGAGAGGUAGUGUGGAGUGUUGACCCGUUGGUUGAUGUCCCUGAGAAACAUUGUGGUUUCACGCAAUUUGCGGCGCAGUUGAAUGAGGUUACGGAGAUUGAACGUGGAUGUUUGCCUAUCACCGAUACCCGUCUUCGUCCUGAUCAGCGCAUGUGCGAGAUGGGCGAGCUUGAUGCCGCCGAGCCUAUCAAGCUCGCACUCGAGGAGAACCAGAGGAGUAGAAGGAAGGAGAUGGAGGCGAAUGGAGAGACCUGGAUUCCGAGGUGGUUUGAAAAAGUUAGUGGAGAAGGCCUGAAUGCCGUCUGGAGGAUCAAGGAUGGUGAAGAUGGAUAUUGGAGAGAGAGGGAGAAGGGUGACUGGACUGGUGUGAUGCAUAUUUUCAAGCAUUAGGAUAAUAGCUGGCAUACUUACAGUUCGAGAUGAGAUCUUAAUAUGGACUUGCUUAUCUCGUACCGUGGACGUGAAGUGGAGGUUGAGGGGAUCGGGAUGAUGGAAAACUGAAAAUCCGUAUUUGUGGAUGAGGCUAUGGACACACUUGUAAGUGUACACCUUGUCUAGCUCAUGUAUCCAGCGCGAAGUGGGAUCGUUCUCAAAUAUGGGAUUGACACGGUUGGGAUACGGUCAGGCGUGCAAUUGGAGCGCAGUCGUGAGAAACUUGAGGGCAGCACUGG